UCCGGUGGAACCCCCACGUCCCCCCACCUUGUGCCAGUGGUGUGGGGUCCCUCCAGUCCCGCUGGCAGGCGCACGGGGGGUGGGGGGUGGGGAGCUGGAUGCCGGGAGCUGCCCCUGCUUCCCCGGAAGCCCGUGGCUCGGUGUCACGAGCUGGCACCGCGCGUCCGGUCUCAGCCGCCUCUCAUUCCAGUGCAGCCCAUCAAGAUCAGGACCCGCUGGAAGGAGCCGACACCUCCAUGCCACGUGGAGAUCUGCCUAGACCUCAGCUACGGCACCAGCGGCAGCGCCCCCGGCUCCAUGGGCAGUGCCAGGGUCAACGCGUCGGACUCAGACAACGACUAUGACGACGUGGACAUCCCCAGCAGCUGUGACCCGGCCAGGCCCACGCUGCCAGCCGACGCUGACGUGCCGCCCCCACUGCCCCCCAAGCCCAAGUUCCGGAGCCGGUCCGACGAGACACCCGCCGAGGAGAUGCGGCCCCAGCCCGGGGGGCAGCUCCUGCAGCGCCCCGGCACCCCGGUCUCCCUGGUGCGGUGCUCCAGCGGGCCUGUGGGGAGCCGGACCCCACACCCCACCCAGCACGCCGACCCCCGCCGCUCCCACCUCUCGGCCAGCUCAGAUCCCACCUUGUGGCCCGGACCCCGGAGCGAGGAGCCCCCCGUCCUGCCCCCCAAGACAGAGAAGAAACGGAGACAGGACGGAUCCCUCUUCAAGAAGGUCUUUAACGGCUGCCCCCUGCGCAUCGCGGCCACGGCCACCUGGACGCACCCCACCACCCAAGACCCACACCUGAUCCUGGGGGCCGAGGAGGGGAUCUUCACCCUGAACCGCAGCGAGCCGGAGGCCACGCUGGAGCUGCUCUACCACAGCCGGACCUCGUGGGUCUAUUCCAUCGGCAACGUGCUCAUGUCCAUCUCGGGGAAGACCCCCCAGCUAUACUCCCACAGCCUGACCAGCCUGUACGAGCAGAGCAAGAGGGAGCAGCGCCCCGGCGUCCACAUCGCCCCCCACCGUCUGCUGCCCAGGAAAAACGCCACCUCCACGAAGAUCCCUGACACCAAGGGCUGCCGGGCCUGCUGUGUGGCCCGGCACGCGCGGAGCGGCUGCCACUACCUGUGCGGGGCGCUGGAGGCCAGCGUGGUCCUGCUCCAGUGGUACGAGCCCAUGCAGAAGUUCAUGCUGGUGAAGCACUUCGACUUCCCGCUGCCCACCCCCCUGCCCGUCUUCGAGAUGCUGGUGGCGCCCGGCGACGAGUACCCGGCUGUGUGCAUCGGGGUGAGCCCGGGCCCCUCGCCCGCCCAGCCCAUCCAUUUCCACACCAUCAACCUCAACUCCCUCACCUCUUGGUUCACCCACACCGGCGCCGACGUGUCCUGCCCCGGCCCGGUCCAGGUGAGCCAGAUGGACAGCGAUACGGUGCUGGUGCUGCUGGACAGGAGCGUGAAGAUCGUCACCCUGCAGGGCACCCUGGUGCGGAAGCUGCUGGCCCCCGACAUCACCUUCGACGUCGCCGUGGAGACCAUAGCGCUGGGGCAGAACUGCAUGCAAGCUUUCUGGCGCCACGGCGUGCAGGUUUGGGACUUCGCAUCCGCACAGCUGAUCAAGGAGCUGCGGGACCAACACUGCACCUUCCGCCUGCUGGGCACCCACAGCACCGUCGUCUUGGAAACGCGCCCCAUGGACGACACCCACAGCAACCUCUACGUCCAGGAGUGACAGCACCACCCGUGGGGGGGUCGGACUCACCCCCCGAGAAGCUGCUCUUCCCCAGAGAGUGCCCCCCCCCCGGGGCCAAGGACCCACCCAGCCAUGUGGGCCAGGACAGAGAAUCGGCCCCCGGUGCCCCCACACUGCACGGACUGGGGGGGGGCUGAGCACGCCCCAGGGGUGUCACCGUUUCACCCCCUUUUCCAUACUGUGUUUGUAAUUAUUCAGCCCCAAAAAAGUAGGAAAAUCC